AUCCCCAACGCCGAGCUCCUCCUUUCAUCUCUCCUUGGGGAAAUGGACUCCAGGGUGCUGGCCGAGAUGCCUUUCUGUAAAAAGAUCUUCACCACAGCCUUGUGUGUCUUCGUCCUGCUGCCGGAUUUGGGCUGCUCCAGGAGCCUCUGGAAGCGUGCUCUGCAUCUGAGGAUGACGGAGAAGUACGAGGAUUAUGAGUACCCUCUUCAUUCUCACAGUUCCCACUACCAGAAGAACGACCGCUGCCCCCCACCCCCCCAGAGCCUGCCCGAGGGUGCCUGCGAGGUGCCCAGCUGCCGCUCCGACUCCGAGUGCCAGCGGCACAAGCGCUGCUGCUACAACGGCUGCAUCUACGCCUGCCUGGAGUCCGUGCAGCCACCACCAGUUUUAGACUGGUUGGUUCAGCCCAAACCCCGCUGGCUGGGAGGAAAUGGGUGGCUUUUGGAUGGCCCAGAGGAAGUCUUACAAGCUGAGGCUUGCAGUACCACUGAGGAUGGAGAUGAGCCUCUGCAUUGCCCCACAGGCUACGAGUGCCAUAUCAUCAACCCAGGGAACACGGCUGAAGGAAUCCCUAACAGGGGCCAGUGCAUCAAGCUCCGUGGAAACCCAGAUGGACGCAACCUGAGGCAUAAAUAUUACAAGGAAUAUUUUGGGAGCAAUUCCAACAAUGUGGUUGGCUAUGUGAAAAACCAGCAGAAGCAUUUGGGCUAAUCAGAGGUGUGCCUGGCUGGACCACUCUAUUAAGCAGCUGUCAAGGAAUGCUUUACCCAACAGUUUUCUGUUUUGGAAGAACUCUGGUCCCAAAUCUCCACGAGCACAUCUCCAGCAACACCCCAACCCCUGCCCAACAGUGAUAAAAUGUCUUCGCUAUUCAAGGAACAGGACAAGUCAAAAGUUUAACCCUAUCAGGAGGAGGAGAAAUGUGUCCCU